GCGGGGCGGGGCGUGGCGCGGCGCACCUGGCGGGACGGGACGCACCUGCCCGCUGCCCCGCAGCCGCCGGGGCGCGGCGCGGAGCGGAGGCUGUCGGUAGCAUGGCCCGCCUGCUGGGCACCCUGCGCAGCUCCCAGCCCGUGGCGCGCUUCCAGCGCUGCUGCGGGCUCUUCCCCGCAGGCGAAGAAGGCGGCGGUGGCGGCGACCCCGCGGAGGGGACCCGGGACCGCGGCGCCUGCAACGGCGUGAGCUCGCAGCGCCGCCCGGCAGCCGCCGGCCGCGGCCCCCCCCGCAACGGGGCGCGGAGCGGCCGCGGCCCGCAGGGUUGCACGCAGAAGUAUAUUGUGAAGAACUACUUCUACUACUACUUGUUCAAGUUUUCAGCUGCUUUGGGUGAAGAGAUUUUUUAUAUCACUUUCCUUCCAUUUAUCUACUGGAACAUAGAUCACUCUGUGUCUAGAAGGAUGAUAAUCAUUUGGUCUAUAGUGAUGUACAUAGGCCAGGUCUCCAAGGACAUCCUGAAGUGGCCUCGGCCCCUCUCGCCACCUGUCGUCAAGCUGGAAAUGAGGACGGAUGCAGAGUACGGGAUGCCUUCCACCCACGCCAUGGCAGCCACUGCCAUCUCCUUCUCCUUUCUCAUUGCAACCAUGAACCUGUACAAGUAUCCAUUUGAACUAGGCCUGGUAGCAGCGUUUGUGUUUUCAACGCUGGUGUGUCUCAGCAGGCUCUACACGGGGAUGCACACGGUCCUGGACGUGAUUGGCGGAGCGCUGAUUUCGGCUGUGCUGCUCGUGCUCUUGUAUCCUGCAUGGGACACGAUAGAUCACUUGCUGUUAACUAGUCCCUUCUGUCCACUGCUUUCCGUAGUUGUGCCUCUUGUCUUAUGUUACAACUACCCCAAACUAGACUACUACAGCCCUACCAGGGGAGACACCACUACUAUCUUAGGAGCAGGAGCUGGAGCAACUGUGGGAUUUUGGUUAAAUAACCAGUAUGCCGCGCCAGCCUACACCAGCAAAAAUCUUCAGCUUGGAUUUCCUCUGAUUACCAGUAAAAUAGCAGUGGUUGUGCUAGCCAGGUUCUUCAUAGGGAUCUUUGUUGUUCUACUGACACGCCAGCUCAUGAAGCGUGUGGUCCUUGGCAUGCUGCGUUAUCGGUACAAGUUUCCCAUUGGUGACCUGGAAGCCCGAAGACGACUGGAAGUCGAAGUGCCAUAUAAAUUUAUAACGUACUCCUCAGUUGGCUUCAGUGCUACUGUGAUUGUGCCGCUGCUGCACGAGCUGUUAGGAUUGAUGUGAGUGCAGCGCCUUCCUUACAAAGUAACGUAUGGCAUCACCAUUUCAGAGAUGUGAUGAGUCGAUCAAGGCUGGUAACUUGACCAAAAAGUGUUUUGUGCCUUUCUGCACUGGCCUAAAAUACCUGAUUUGGAAGAGUCAUGGGAAUCACUGUACCCAAACAACUUCGGGUUAUAAAUUGCUGACCCUGCUGUGUCCCAUACUUAGAGGCCCCUGGCCCAGACGACUAAAGAUGACAAGCACAGAGUACAAAGCCAAAAUCCCUGCUGGAGCAGCAGCAGUGGCUGGUUUGCCGUGGGGCCGGGGGUGCUGGGAAGUGUGGCUAUGCCUGUGGGAUGCCAGCCUCAUGGGCUGUGAAAAUGCCUGCCUGGCCAUGGGGGGUUGCUCCUGCUGAAAAAGGAGAGCAAGCCAAGGAACGGCUUGCGUUUGGGCCAUGGAGGAGCGAGUGACUGGUGGGGUGGGGUGAAGAGGCAACCAACCAAGAGCAAAGCGCUAUCCUUGGGGUGUGCAGAGCUCUGUCUGCACCCUGCUUUUCCCUGAGGACUGAGGGUGAAGGAAGAGUGGCUGAAGAUGGAAAGGUGAUGUGAAGAUGGAGGGAGGUGGAGGCUUUUCAAGCACUGGCACCUUCCCCCGCUCAGGCUUCAGUGGGAGCAUCCAGCUGGCCAAGAUGGCAGGUUUCUUCAGCAGCCAGCAUUGGCAGAGAUCAGAGAUGGCCACACCCGGGUAUGGCUCUGCAUUUCCCUAAAGAAAUCUGAUGAUUAUUGUACUUGUUGCUUGUCAUAGUGUCUUCUGACGGCACUGCCAGACAUGGCUAGUUCUGUGUGUGUGGUUUUACCCACUGCAAUCCUUUAAAAAACAAACAAAGAAGUUAAACAGUGGAAAGAAAAAUCCAACACAAAACAUUUUAAGUGAUUUCUAACAAAUACAUCUUGAAUAGUAAUAUGAAAGCCUCCACUAAAAGAUCCUUUACCUACCUACAACCGAGCAGAGUUGUUACCACAAUGUUGAGGCUUGUGUUCAAAUUGUGUAACUCUGAUUUAGUUUCCCUGUCUAGGAGAUGGGACAAAGCCCUUCCAUCAUGCAGGGGCUUGGUGACAAGUAGUGUCCUUAAACUGCAUUGUGGAAGGAGCUGAGUGGUGACUCCAGUGACUACAAUGUGUGCUGAUGGUAAGAUGCCAUAAUUUUCUGGUGCUGUACAGCAUUACGGUUGGUCUUCCAUGCAUCUUGCACUACCGUGUAUACACUUGUAGAAUAGCAGUUGAGGAGUGUUUGUAGGAGGGUGGUCUUAUUUUAAGGCUGCUUAUUUAAAAAAAAAUAAAAUCUAUAUCUGCUGUUGGACCAAUGAGCUGUUGGGAAAUAUAGCGGUGAAUGUGGUCUGCUUGGCUGGAAAAAUGUAACACGCUAUGACCGCGGAGCUUCAAGCAUAGCCUUUCCCUAGCAGAAUGUACAUAAAAGCCAGCUUUUUAACCAUGUACGCUUGUCUUCCUGGGUGCAAGAAAAGUUAACCUGAAGAGUGUAAAGGAGGUGCUUUGCCAUCAGUUUGCUUGGAUAAAUAUCAUCAAGUUAAAAAAACAUAGCUGGGUGUUUUGUAUGAGGAGCGGGAGGUGUGCACAUGAAAGAGCGGUGCAAUUCUAAAACCAGGUUGAUAGUCUCCUUAAGAAAUGCAGGCAGAAAUGUUUACCAUUUUCAGAUUUGCCCAGGCUGUGGAUAAACUGUUUUAAAUCAGGCUGCGUGGACUUUACAAGUGCACACAAGCAGCUUCAAUGAGUCUUUCAGCAGGGCAUGGGCCCUUUGGUGAGUGCUAGACUUGGGCCACCAAAGCCACGGGGUCCUGUCCUCAGUUCCCCUCCCUCCCACACAGCAGAGGAGCACUGCCAUCAGGCCUUAAAACACCUUUAAACACCUUCUGUUAAGGGUGCUUAUAUGAUGUAGGGCUGCAGGGCAGAGCUGAAGCCCCAUGGAGUGAGCACAUCACACCAGAUGGGACCAAAUUGGGAAAAAACUUGACAGCAAGCUGAGUGUUGAACCCGUGGGGUAAAAUCAGUUGGUCCCAAGAAAGGCACGGUUUGAUUGGGACAUUCAUGCAGUUUUUAUCUGUAAAAUUUCUGUUCUGAAUCACAGCUAUUUUAUGCUAUGAAAAUUUUAUAAAUUAUAUAUAAAUGCUUGAAUUUAUAAAGUAGGUGCACAGGUAUUUUUAUCUUUUAUAGCAUUCACCUGCAUGUGAUUCAUGCAAUACAUGCAAACUGUACUUGGUUCAAAUUUUAAAAUAUACUUAU